AUGGCACUCGUAAUUGGUCGAUUGAUGGCUCGGCGAUUGAUUAAUCAAUUUAACCAAAGAUCAGUGAUGCGAAAUGAGAUACCAAGUUUUCGCUUCUUUUCGACUGAUUCUCUACCAAAGGAGGAGCUUGAGAAAAUGGUGAAAAACAAUAAGGUUGUCGUAUUUAUGAAAGGUGUUCCCGAUGCUCCAAAAUGCGGAUUCAGCAACGCUGUGGUUCAAAUUCUAAGGAUGCACGCAGUCAAUUAUGAUAGUCAUGACGUCUUGGAAAGCGAUUCUAUUCGACAAGGUAUUAAGGACUUUACCAAUUGGCCGACAAUUCCUCAAGUUUUCAUCAAUGGCGAAUUUGUUGGAGGCUGCGAUAUCUUACUACAAAUGCACCAGAAUGGCGAAUUAAUUGAUGAACUGAAAAAAGUUGGCAUAACAAGUGCGCUAUUGAAAGAAACAGAAGAUAAAUCAUCUGAGAAAAAAUAGAAAAAUUUGCAAUGUAAAAAUGGAAUGAUCGAGAAUUAAAUAAAAAUAAAGAAAAAAUGACGAAAAAA